AAUUUAAUAUAUAAUAUUCCACAGAUGGUAACCGGUAGGGUCGACUAUGUAAAAUUGAGUCGUUGUACGAAUGUUAAUGAAUAUGUUGUGUUUAAUCACUAAAUACAACGAAUCCCUUGUACGCAAAAUACAUAAUUGCGACUUUGCGAAUUUAAUCUAGAUGUAUGGGUGCGCGCACGUUUGUGAAAUCGUACAGACACACGCAUAUGUACAUUACACCUCUAGUUUGUUUACAAACAACUCGGCCUGAAAUAUAUAAGUCCACGUACAAAAAUAAAAUGGAUAUAAAUAAAGUACUAUACAAUUGUAGUAUAUUUAUUCUAAAAUUAACGCAAAUAAUCAUGAAGCUGUUCAGAUUGCAACUGCAUGAUUUAAUGCAACUUAGGGACAGGAAAUAUGUAGAUAUACUUCAUCAUAGCGAACAUUUUUUAGUAGUAUCUAAGCCAUACGAUAUGUACAUAAACAGUAAUAAUCCAGAGAAAAAGAAUACGCUUCAGUCAGAGUUAAAAAAAGUCUUACCAAAUUUGGCAAAUCCAAAUUUAUUUCAUGAAUUUCAUUUUGUGCAUAGAUUGGAUUAUGCGACGAGCGGUGUUAUAUGUAUCGCGUUAAAUAAGAAAGCUGCGAGAGCUGCUUCGAGUGCAUUCGAAGCACGAACAGCAAAGAAAUUUUACUUGGCAUUACUCCAUGGCCAUAUUAACGAACCCUACCUUAUAAUCAACAAAGCUAUUGGAAUCGAUGUAAGGGAGAAAACGGGAAACCACAAAAUGUGUAUUAGCGAUAAUAUUUUUUGCGAAAAACCACGGAAAUCUUAUACAGUACUUGUAGUACUAGAACAAGGUUUGAGAAAUGGAAAACCAGCUACCAAAGUUUUAUUAUGUCCUGGAACUGGUAGACGGCAUCAAUUGAGGGUGCAUUGCUCUCAUAUAGGUCAUACAGUAGUAGGAGAUUACACGUACAGCGAAAGAAAAGAUGUAGAACCUUAUAGGACAUUCCUUCAUUCCUUCAGAUUAAUACUAAACAAUGAUAUUGAAAAUUUAGAUGUAAAAAGUAUAGAUCCAUUUCAAGCCUCCGAUCCAAGAAACCAGUGGUCACCAACGAAUAUUGCUCGCGUUUUAGAUGAAAAUAUAUUUUCUGAUAUUUAUGAUCUUAUGCAAUAA